ACUCACCUCCUCCUCACCUGCAGAAUAAUAAAAACUAAAAAGCACAGAGCUAAAAAAAAACAAAAGUUUUUCAGCACACAAUUGAGGCAGGUCUCUCCAACACCAUGGACAUGAAGAAGAUCUCUUGUGCUGUCAUCGUCGCCGCCGCCUCCAUGAGCGCAGUCAUGGCUGCCGGUGCCGCCGCCCCAGCAGCCACCCCAACAGCUACCCCACUCGACUCCGCCUUGGGUGGCGCCGCACCAGCUUCAGCACCAGGCCCAGAGUCCAGCGUUGCAACCUCAGCCUUGCCUGUUCUUGGGUCCUUGGUUGGAGCCUUCCUUGUUUCUUUCUUUGCUUAAGUACAUAGUUAGCUACACUAAGCCUAUAAAUUAUAUAUAAAUAUCUAUAUGUAUUGAAGGGCUCAAAUUUGAUUACUUGGGUUCAACUGAUUGGAGAUUGUUUCUUCACUUCUUUUGUAACAUGAGAAUUUGAUUUCCUUCUAAUAUUUUGCAAUAAAAGUUUAUCGACAUUAUUA